AUGGUGAGCGAGGCGCUGCGCCCCGCGGGAGUGUCUCCGGAGCACGUGGUGACCUCGCGGCUGGUGUACGGAGCGGACGGAACCGCGGGGGGCGCGCUGGAUCCGCUGUGCGGAGGAUGCCUCGCUAAAAGAGAACGACUGCGCGAGAUUCUACGCGGAGAAACGCCAGGACGAAACGCUCGCGAAGAGGACAUCAUUGCCUAUGAGGAUCGUGGAAACGUGGAAACUGGGGAAACUGGGGAAGGAAAGAGCGUAAAGCCCGCCCAAAGCAUUGACCAGUCUGCUGCUCACCAGUCCGCUUCUACCCAGUCCGCUGACCAGACCAAUGCUCAGUCCAAUGACCAGACUAAUGACCAGACUAAUGACCAGACCAAUGUUCAGUCUUCCUGGUACGCUUCUGCUCUCUCUCUGCUCUCUCUCAGCUCUCCCGUGUUCUCGGUGGGCAUCGGCGACGGCCUGGGCGACCUGGCCAUGCUUCUCAGCACGGACCUCCCCAUCGUCCUCUCCCCCGGCUCUUCCUUCCGCCGCGUCUGCGCGCGCUUCGGCCUCGCGCUGCGUCCGCUCCUCCUCCUCGACUGCCCUCCCUCCCCUCGCACGCUCUACGUCGCCGACGACUGGGCCCAGAUCCUCGCCGUUCUCUGCUUCGCCCACAUCGACGCCGCCCUCCAGCCCCUCCCCGCGGAACCGCGGCGCCGCUGCACGCCCGCGGAAUGCCGCCUCAUGGCGCUGACCAGCGACGCGCUGAACGCCGAGGGCGGCGAGGCCAUGGAGCGCGCGAUCUUGGAGAGCGUGGAGGGCGGCGCGACGAUGAUCCAGAUCCGCGACAAGACGGAGGAUUUCGACCGCAUGAUUUCGCACGCCAACCAGCUCAAAGAAAUGCUGCGACGGCGAAACGUCCCGCUCAUCAUCAACGACCGCGUCGACGUCGCCAUUCUGUCGGACGCGGACGGCGUGCACAUCGGCCAGUCGGACAUGGACGCGGCGUUAUGUCGCCGGCUGCUCGGCCCGUCCAAGAUUCUCGGUGUCUCGGCGCAGACGCCCUCGCAGGCGGUGAAGGCGCAGCGCGACGGCGCGGAUUAUUUGGGCUGCGGCGCCGUGUUCCCUACGCAGUCGAAGGACGACGCGGACGCGGUGGGAUUGGAGGGGCUGCGACGCGUGUGCGAGGCGGUGAGCAUCCCCGUGGUGUCGAUCGGCGGGGUCACCGCGGGGAAUGCGGGAGCGACGAUGAAGGAAGGAGCGGUGGGCGUGGCGGUGAUCAGCGCGAUUUUCGGAAGAAGCGACGUGAAGGAGGCGGCGAAGGAGCUGCGCGACGCGGUGGAAAAGGCGCUGUGAAGAGGCGGAAUGGGCGGAGGACCCAUUGUGCGGAGGUCUGUGCGUGCGCAGAUCGGAUAUUUUGGAAGGAAAU